ACGGCGUAGGGCUGCUAGAGACCCAUUCGCUUCUGCCGAGUCAGGGACCCCCUGCUGGCGUGCUUUUUGGAACUGAACGGACCCUGGGGAUUAGAUACUAAACUCCACUGCUCUAGGCACGAGAAGAAAAGUGUACAUUAUAGACUGCCUGACUUGUCGUACGCUAUAAUGGCGGCACGGCACAUCAUAUGCCCAAAGGGCGCUCUGGUUGAUCGGAGCUUAGUUACAUAGAUAGCUGGGCACCUGUCCCUGAUGAUGUAAAACACCACUACUACUACUACUACUAAAGGCGGCGAGUAUGGCAACGCUCUUCAGGCCGCAUCAUCUGAGGGUGUUGGUAUACACGUCAGCAGGGCAACCGUACGGUUGGAACGAAGUGUCAAUAAUGGUCUAUUAUUGCUGCGUCUUGAGGUGGAAGGAGGAGGUUGUGGGCAGAGUCCACGGCCUCUCAGAAGUGGUAUGUAAGGGGUCGUUUGUAAGUACCCAUACCGCCUUCCAGAUCCACCUUUUCUGCCGACUGCUCAGAGAUCCAACAGAGGGCCAUGACAUCAUCGUCCAGAUGCUUCUUAGCAAAGACGCAGACGUCAACGCACAAGGCGGCAAGUAUGGCAACGCUCUUCAGGCCGCAUCAUCUGAGGGCCAUGACAACAUCGUCCAGAUGCUUCUCAGUAAGGGCGCAUUUUUCGGCCACCAUGGAUUCAGUGGUAUAUAGUCCUUAUUGGUGCAGUACAUACCAAGCCAUUGUCUCAACGACCUUCCCUCAUGCCUCACAGAAUGGUUGCCAAGCUUCAUUUGGUUUUUCCAUUGGUCGCACCGACG